AGCUUGUGUCAGAGAAAAUGAUUGUGAGCUAGGCUGAAUAUGGCUUUAUCAAGGGGGCUAAGAUGCUGUCAAAGGAUCUUCUCCUGGAUACCUGUCGUAAUCAUAUCGUCCGUGGUGCUAUGGUCUUAUUACGCAUAUGUUUUUGAACUAUGUUUUUUUACUCUCAGCAAUACGCUGGAAAAGGCGACAUAUAUUUUAGUAUUCCAUGUGUGCUUUGUGAUGUUCUGUUGGACGUACUGGAAAGCCAUAUUCACCCCACCAGCCACUCCCUCCAAGAAGUUUCAUAUGUCCUACACAGACAAAGAGCGGUAUGAGAUGGAGGAAAGGCCAGAUGGUCAAAAGCAGAUCCUUGUAGAGAUUGCAAGGAGACUCCCUAUAUUCACUCGAGCACAGUCAGGAGCUAUCAGGUUCUGUGAUAGGUGCCAGGUGCUUAAGCCAGACCGCUGUCAUCACUGUUCUGUUUGCGAAACGUGUGUCCUGAAAAUGGAUCAUCACUGCCCGUGGGUGAACAACUGUGUUGGCUUCUCUAACUACAAGUACUUCCUGUUGUUCCUGGCAUACUCAAUGUUCUAUUGCGUAUUCAUCGCGUCAACUGUGUUUCAGUAUUUCCUGAAAUUUUGGAUGGGCGAGCUUCCAAACGGACCUGCGAAGUUCCACGUAUUAUUCCUUUUAUUUGUGUCUGUCAUGUUCUUCGUUAGCCUCAUGUUCCUCUUCGGCUACCACUGCUGGCUGGUGGCUAAGAACCGGUCCACUUUAGAGGCUUUCUCUGCUCCCGUGUUUCAGGGCGGACCAGACAAAAAUGGCUUCAACGUGGGCAUGCGUCGCAAUCUCCAGCAGGUCUUUGGCGAAGACAGACGGCUCUGGUUCAUUCCGGUGUGCACAAGUCAGGGCGACGGCCACUACUUCCCCAUGCGGAGCCUGAGUUACUCCGAAUCCCACAAUCCUUUGCUAGCCAAUGAGGAGAAGUGGGACGAUGAGGAGGACGAUGAAGAGGACGAGGAGGAGGAGCAGCAGCAGCUGGAGCGACGGGGUAGAGGAGGAGGAGGAGGAGGAGAAUCGGAUGAAGAGGGCACAGAUGGUCCAGAUGACCCUUCGGUUACCAUAGAGAUUGAUUCAUAGUUGCCUCUGCAGCAAAGCUGAACCUACCGUAUUUUACAUCGUGUUUAACUGAAUGCCUGUUCUUUUUCUUGGCCACCUGGAACGCAGCUGUACUCUUCGGGUUGGCCUCCUCCAGGUGUGGAGAGUCGUAGGAGGGUGGAGGAGGGUGGAGGACACUGAUGGAAGCACAAGCAUUUUACGCGUGGCUCCCCGCUCAAACCGCUGCACCCACCGCGGAGCCCGACACGCAAAAAGGACUGUUCCCCGUUUUUUUUGUUUGGUUUUCCUGCCGUUGUAGCGGCGCUCCUUUUAAUGUAACUCGAGACUCUCUUAUUAUCGUCCUGAUUUAACAUGUACAACGUUACACACUUAUUUUCCUGUGGAGUUGGGAGGAUGUACAGGCAUCGUGGUGGACAAUCGGACUCAUAUCAUGCAUAAUCAUCGAUCACCUGUGAGGUGCUACUUAUCUGUGCUCGCCUCGCUCCCUUUGUACCAUUUCCCUCUGUCUGUGGGGUACGUGUCUUUAUCCUAACCAGAGUCAUUUGAAGGGGAAUGCCAAUAUUGCGUAACUGUCUGUCAUCUCUGAUCAAAAAACCCGAGUCAGUUGAGGUCAGUUGCCUUUGUGCACAGGCCUGGAGCACAUAUCAGCCUGCCAGCCUGCUCUGGUGAGGGAAAAUCUCUCUUUCUUUCUGUCUCUCUAUCUCUCUUUCUUUCUUUCUUUCUUUCUGUCUCUCUCUCUGGUUGUGUCAUGUUCAGAUUGUUUAACAGAGUUUGCCUAAGUAUGGUACUGUCAGAACUGCACAGUGGAAAAGACAAAGAAGUGUGUGUGUCUGUGUGUGUGAGACUUAGUCUUUUAGAGGGAUAAAAAGGAGUGCACAAAUCAGACAUCAGCAUCCUGCAUCACGUAUCACAGUUGGAUAAGUACCGCUUGGUGUGGAAAUUGCAUUGCUUAUUUGAUUGUUAAAUCAUUGCUCUGUAUUGCUAUACCUUAAUGGACAGAUUUUUCUGGAAUAGCAGCUGUAAUUUCAGCCAUGCACAUGCAAACUGGAGAGACCGAAAGGGGUCCCUGUGUAACACGACAGUGUGAAUGAUGCUUGUCCAGCCUCGGCUGUAACUCUUAAAGGUGCAGUCUGCGAUUCCGCUUCGGUUCUGUGAAAUCCUCUCUUUCGUGCCCCUGAUGGAUCACUAGCAGGGGCAGUCUACGGCUUGAUCAGAGCCACUGUGUGCGUUUCCCAUUUUCACAGCCAGGACUGUGUGCGUUUUAAUGCUAACACUGAGUAGACAAUGGAACAUGGGGAGCAUUUCACUGAAUUUGACAAAAAAACAGCGUCAGGAUUACAGACUGCAUCUUUAACAGACUCACCACUAGCUUCUACCUUAUAACACCUCCAUUACAUUGGUCAUCAUUUAUGUAUAUUUUGCUUUUUUUUUUUUUUUAAAUCAGAAAACUGUAUUUGAAUAUCUUAUUACUGUAUCAUUAUUUCCAUGUUUCUUUUUCCCCGGGUUGGGAAAAACUUAAUUUAAUUAUAAUAUUCUGUUUUUGACUGGUGUUAAGUUAGCAAAGUGAGUGUCUUAAUAUUAUUAAUCAUGUGAAGUCAGUGCAUAACAUGCCAAGCUCAGUGUCCAGCUCCCCCAAACCCUGGAAAUGUGUCUCUGCGUUGUUUUUAUUUGUAUUCGAAACCGUAAACAAGUGAUGUAUCGUUUCUCUCGGACUAACACUGGAAAACGGUGCAGUGGUCCAACUGUGGGUUUCUGGUUUCUUACCAAAUACUGUAUGUCUCCUGUGCACUGUACCCUGCCCAUCUCUAAAGAGCCAUUCCUCUUCUAUUGUACAGCCACUGCAUCCGGAGGUCUCCGUGCACUUUUUUUUAGGGGGGAGGAGGGGGGGGUCAUCACAUAAUGAUCUGUGCUUCAGAGUUUCUGUAUUGAGUAAGUGUCUCGGAGCGGGAUCAGUGGGUAAAGCCCGGAUGUUUUAAUGGGCCUAUCAUAGAUGUCCCGGGGGAGCUCAGACCAGAAGGUCCUGCCUUCUGCAGUGUGUUUUUUUGUGGUACCAGAGCGGGUCCCUCUUUGUAUUAAGCCUGUUUAAUAUAUUGUGCUAAAGUAUGUAAUUAAUAAUAUUUAAAAUAACAUGUAUGUACUGCAGUAUGUACUUUAUUAAUAUAUUAUGUCCCCUGGGCGCGCACCUUAAGAAGACAA